GUGAUUUCGUCAAGGGAACCGGAGUGUUGAUAGCAGCGUCGCGUCCCCCUGCUUCUUAAUAUCACCCCCCCCCCUCCGUAACGGCUCAGAAGUAGCUCGCUGCCCAGUCUAGCCAGGUGGAGAGUCAUGCCUGUGCGCUGGAAGGUAUCCCCACCAAGGGAUUCCCCCAGGCAGGAAGCAGCCUAGCUUUGAAGUUGCAAGGCUAUUCAGUGCUAAUGAAGGGACUUAGUGAAUACAAGAGAAAUUUCAAAUGGAGAAAACCAGAUCAAUCUAAGCCUUGUAGCCCUAUACUUGAAGAAAAAUGCCAGUGGGCUGGACUUCGGUCAGAUGAAUUUGGAAUCUCAAGAGAACCAAAGUUUAUUUCCAAAAGAAGAGUGCCUUAUUAUAAUACACAGGUUUCAAGAUCCUUUGAGUGGAAUGGGGGAAACGAUUCGGAGAAAGAUACAGCAGAACCUGAACUUCACCUGUCACUGGAGACACAGACCAGUGAGAGUGGAGAUGAUACAACUCAGGAAAAAAUCAAAACACCUGAUGCACCCAGAAUGCCUGAAAAAGUGCAUUCCAAUUCUGCUGGUUCUAGAUCUGAAUUAGCAGUAGCUCUUGAAAAAAGCAAGAAGUCACCACCCAUAACUCCAGUGAAAGAACAAAGGACAAUAACGCCUGCCAAAAAAGAUUUAGAAAAACUUAAUAAAGGGCUCCACAGAGUUCUGCAGAAGAAAGCAGGAUUGGAUAUUCCAAGGUCAUGUAGCUUCCCCAGAAGUUCUGAGUAUCAGCGGCAGUUUGUUUGGAAAACUCCUCAAAAGUUGUCUCCAAUACUUGCAGCAGACAAGUUUAUUCACAGUGCAAGUCCUUCCAUUCCUCCCUUUAAAAUUCCUGUCACUAUUCCUGAAACUGAAUAUGAAAGGAGUUUCAAAGCUUCAUCACCUGCAAAAGAAGACAAGCAGCAAGACUCUUUGGAAGAGAGGGAACGUCCUGCCUCCCAACCUGUAGAAGCCUCCUCUGGAGAAAAGUGUGAGAAGACAGAAGCAUUUUCAAAGGCCACAGAAGAGCCAUCAAAGCAAAGCAAAUCAGAAACAAAGCCAAAACAGCCGAAGCAAAAACACAAGCCUCUCUGUUUACACAGAAGCUUUAGAAAACUGAACACAGAAUACAGAUCAAAUUUCUUGUCUCCGUCAAAAUACUUGUAUAAAAAUGGAGCUUGGAUACGUAUCAGGAAAAAUAUGCCUGACCAGGAGUCUCAAAACACUCUAAAUACCAUGUGGUAUAUGGAGGUGAAAGAACUUCGCGAAAAAGCAGAGGCAUACAGGCAAAGAGUACGAGGAACUCAUUUCUCCAGAGAUCACUUGAAUCAGAUUUUAUCAGAGAACAACAGGCUUUGGGAUCUGUCCUCCAAUUCCAGUGCAGAAGAUGUCAUUAGCAACAAUGUCAGAGCUCUAGAUCUUGCAGGGGUCCCUGAGAAAAAGCUUUCUCCAGGUCCCAAGUUCAUGCCACAACCGGAGUCGUCUGCAGAGUUCCAGGAGAAUGGCACUGAGAAAUUAGGCAUGUCAGAUGCGGCCACUCUUCCAGUCAAGCGCCGUCUGGUUUGGGGUGAACCAGACGAUGGCGAACAACUGGAACAUCAGACACCAGUGUUAGGAGGAGAAGAAAACGAUGAAGAAAAAGAAAACAAGCAGGAAUCGGAAGACAUUAAAGUACCAGAUAAAAACUCAACCGGAAAUAAUCACCAGGGAGAAAAUGUAAAUUCUCCAAGUGUUAAUAGAGCAGACUGUUCUUCAGCCCCCUGUAGAGGCAGACUUUCUACUCCAGAGCUGAAAGCACUUGGUGGAGCCCAAAGAACACAUCUUGACCUGACAACACCAGCUACUGGAGGUGCAGUUUUAGUAUCUCCUCCAAAAGUGAGGCCUUCAUCCACUAAGCAAAUGAGAAAAGGAUCUCCAGAGAAGAUCUUGGCAAAUAGUCAGACUUCAAGGGAAGACAUAAAAAGAAAAUCUAACAUGGACAGAAGUGAAGCUGUAACACCAAGUCAUUUACCUGCUGCUGGGCUGAAAACUGUGGAUCAUUUGCCUGUGGAGAAAUACCCGUGGCCCAAGCAAAAGGCUUCUAGCGCAAGAGUCUCUUCAAAUGUAUCGUGUUCGGAGCAGGCGCCUGUUGUCCCUGGUGCCAAAUCAGCCAGGGACCCUGUUUUGUCAUAUUGGAGCCCAUCACGCCGCAUUCAAGGAACUCUCAGGGACCCAGAAUUUCAACAUAAUGGAAAUGUUGCAAGCCCAAAAAGGAGCUGGUUGCAAUUACCACUUCAGGAGAGAAACUAUCACAAUGAAGAUGAUGAUGACCGUUUGUCUCAGCUGUCUGCUCGAUCCGCUGCAUCUAGUUCUCUUGCAUCUCAGGUUUUAGAACGAGCUCAGAGGAGGAAAGAGAACUUUUGGGGCAAAAUGUGAUUCUGUUCUGCUGUCUUUGUCAAGUAUUUUAUACAGGUUGAGUAUCCCUUGCUUGGGACCAGAAGUGUUUUGGAUUUGUUUUAUUUUAUUUUUUGGAUUUUGGAAUCUUAUAUACAUAAUGAGGUAUUGUGGAGAUGGGACCCAAGUCUAAAUACAAGAUUUCAUUUGUUUCAUAUACACUUUAUACACAAUAUUUUAAUAAUGUUUUCAUGAAACAAAGUUUGUAUAUAUAGAGCCAUCAGAAAACAAAGAAACUUGAAUGGCCAUUUAUGUGGACAGUUUUGGAUUUUGGAGCAUUUUUGGAUUUUUGGGUAAGGUAUACUCAACCUGUGCUUGUUUGAAUACAAAUUUUGAAAAUGAUUCUCAGUUUUGUAAAGGAAUUUGAUUAUAAAAAGUUACAGUUGUUUAGUAGUCCCUUCACAUUGGACAAACUGUGAGAGUGCACACACCAAUAGUUCUUGAAAUUGAACUCUACCUCAAAAAGUUGGAAAAGCCAUUAUAACAAUGUUUUUUACUUAUAAACAAUUUUUCAUUCCAUAUUCAACAUACAGGUAUUUUUUUUAAAAAAAAACCUGAUUGAAACUUUUAAAAUGACAGUAUAACAGUAAUAUUACAGUACUAUGGGCUCAUUUUAUCCUAUAUCACACCAAGCAAGAGUAAUCCGAAAUCAGAGUGAGGCAGCCUUGUUGCCAUGCUAUCCACUUAGUAAUUACCAAUCUGCUCCACUCAGGACUUUCACUGGAUCCUUCUGCAUUCCUUAUGAUGGAAUAAUUAGAGUGUUUUGUUCUGGCCCAGCACAACCUUGGCACUUUCUCAGGUCUACCAAGUUAUUUUUUCACUGGCACUUCAUAGACGGACCUCAUUUUUUUGACUCCAGUUUAGUUGUUCAGCUUCUGAUAACAAUAGUUUUGACGUAGAUCCCAUGGAUCUCUCUUUGAGAUGUGCUGAGUUUUCAUUAUGAAAAUACCAUGUUUUCUUUUGUAUUGCCCGGUCCUCUCCAUCCAUUAGUAUCACAGUAUCCAAGUUAAAUAACAUUCCAUCAAACUACUGGACUGAAUAUCUAAAGAACUUUGGACGUGAAGCCUCUGAACCAUAUGUUUAAUUUUUCUUCCUAUUUCAUAGAAUGAUAAGCUCUUGGCAAUCUAGUUUGCUGUUUUUAAAGCAUUCUGUUUCUGUCUAGUGUAACUAUUGUGUUUUGCACAUAUGAUCACUGUUAGGGUUCAUAAAAAUAUCACUACUGAUAAGAUUUGUUAAGUAUUAUUACUGUCAUCACACACAAAUAACUUUUUAAGACUAAAGGACCAAAUUAUAACUGGGGACAUCUUAAUGUGCAAAUGUGUUUGCAUUUUUGCAUGAGGGAUAUUUAGGAAUGUAUUAUUUUCCCCCACUGAUUAUCCAAAGCAUUUCAUUAAGUAAGUGUAGUUUGUAUGGAGUGAUAGAAUUUUUAUUAAUUGUUUUAAAAAAGAGAUGUAUAAAAAUUUAGUUUUGUAUUUGUGUUUCGAUAAAAAAGUUGUAUUUUGGUAUACAAUAAAUCCUUGUUCUUCCCUA